UUUUUGACUGGCGUCACUCGCCAAACCCAGGACUGGACGAUUAAAAUAGGACACGGUCCUGCUUCCUCUCCGUCCUACCUCUCCAUGUCGUCUCCCUCUGCUGUGGGUCCCAGUUUCGACUGCGGUAUACUCCCCAUCCCACGGCGCCUGCGUUAUGACCCGGCGCGACCAUUCGUGUUUACCAUGGUGCUGAAUGUCCUAUUCGGAUUCGCCGCGACCUUCAUAGUGGCCAAUUUGUAUUACUGUCAACCGCUACUGAGUGAGUUUUCGGGUCAAAAAAAAAAAGUCGGCUUACAUGCUCUAACGUCGCGUAGUCCAGUUCUCCGAGUCGUUUGGGGUGGAUUACGAUCGCGUUUCUCAGAUACCGACGCUGCUGCAGGCAGGGCGAGUCACCGCCAUCACCCUCGAGUUUCACGGCUGAAGGAUUUGUCCAGAUAUGCAACAGGAAUCUUGUUCAUUUCCCCGCUGGGCGAUCUCGUUCGCCGACGUCAGCUCAUCCUGACUCUCACUCUCGUUUCUGCCAGUCUGACCGUGGGGGUGGCCGUUACUAAGAACAUCGUCGUGUUCGAGGCGUUGUCCUUUCUCAUCGGCAUGGUAUCGCUCACACCGCAGAUCAUGAUCCCUCUCGCAGCCGAUCUAGCCCCGCCAGAACGCCGAGGAUCGGCGCUGUCCAUCGUUUAUUCCGGCUUACUUCUCGGUGUCCUCGUGGCCCGAGUCAUUGCUGGGAUCAUCGGCCAAUUCACAUCGUGGCGGGUGGUGUACUACCUCGCCAUCGGCGUCCAAGUCUUCGUUCUCCUCGCAGGGUACCUCAUCAUCCCAGACUACCCAGCCAAAAAUACGGACCUGACGUAUUUCAAAAUCCUCUCCUCGAUGGCUCGAUUCGCCGUCACCGAACCGAUCCUAGUCCAGGCCUGCCUCGUCAAUCUCGCCUCAUGCGCAUGCUUCACCAACUUCUGGGUCACACUCACCUUUCUUCUCGGCGGCGCGCCGUACUUCUAUUCGACGCUAACGAUCGGGCUCUUUGGUUUGAUCGGGAUCCUUAGUGUCGUCUGCGGGCCGCUGUUUGGCAAGCUGAUCGACGGGCUGAUGCCCUGGUACGCGUCCAUGUGCUCGAUUCUGUUCCUGCUAUCGUUUCAGGCGAUCCAGACUGCUGCGGGGACGAUGAGUGUGGCGGUGGUCGUCAUUGCUAUAAUUGGUCUCGACAUGUUCCGUCAGUCGCUGCAGAUGUCCUUGGCGGCAGCCGUAUUCGAAAUUUCGACAGCUGCGAGAGCAAGGUUGAACGCCCUAUUCGUGCUGUCGCUGUUCAUUGGCCAAUUGAUGGGCACGGCCGCAGGGACCAAGGUGUACACGGCAUACGGCUGGCGGGCAGCCGCGGCUCUCAAUAUGGGCUUCUACGGCUGGAUUCUGAUUGUCCUGCUUGUGCGCGGGCCACAUUGUGGUCGCUUCACGUGGUUCGGCUACGAAGGAGGAUGGGCCGUGAAAAAAGUCAAGGCUGCCCAAACCAUGGAUGACACACAGAGUAAAAGCUCCAGUGUAGGAGGGGAUCAAGAGGCUGCUCCCUCAGAGAAAUAG